UCUCGAUUUGGCUUGGACUUUCAUAAUACGCCAUGGCCGCUUCUUCCAGGCUCUCGGGUGCUCAUGCGAUUCUUUUAGCCAUUCAUUUCUGUGUCAGCGGGGAUGUCUCCCGCUUACCGCAGUUGCAAGCUCAAUACCCUCGCUGGCUGCCAACCGAGCGCCUCUUGCGCAUCAUAUUAACCUUCCUCCCCGAGAGUUGCCAACCUCAAACCUACACGCCCGUUGUGGAGGCUUUGGUCGACGGCGGGAACACUACAUCUGAUGCUGCUGAAAUUGAUAUAUCGGCUGUUCAGAAUCUGACCGAGACCGUCGCAAGGAAACGAGUACGCAAGGUCCGUUUACUGCCUUUGAGGCAUCCCGACGACAAGGACACCGACGACUCCACCGACCUUCUGACUCAAUUCCUCAUCCACCGCGCGCAUCGCAUUGACUCCGAAACCGCCCUUCAACCCCUUAUCCUCGAUCUACUCGUGCCGUUCUACCCUCGCGCCCCUAUUCUCCGCACUUGGUUGAUCUCGAGUCUACUACCGUUGCUGCGGUUGAACUAUGAAUACUACCCCAGCCAGGACGAGACAUUUUCUCUGGAUAUCCUCGAGUCGAUGGACAACAGCAUUGCCAUUAAUGUUUUGCUUUCGAUGACCGGCAGUACAAAGAGCAGCAUGGAUUUGGUACAGAACCUCCGCGGGCUGGUGGGCGCUUGGAUGUACGGCAGCAACAGGACCAAGCGGCGGAGACUCAACGAAGCCGCGCAACAGAAUACUCUUUCAUUGCCCCAGGACGAUGUAAAACCGAAGACGAAUGCUGGGGUGGGAUGGCAGCAGGUCAACGAGUGGCUACUGGCGCGCAGUCUGGUAGACCAUGAGAGCGCGGUCAACGCAUUCACAAAUUGGGAUGGACCGGAGGAUGUUGACUUGGGAGGCUAUGCUGAGGAGGACCCGAAUCUAUCAAGUGACGAGCUGAAAGAUUUGCGGAUGCGGUAUGGGCAGACAGGGUUGGCCGUUGUCUAUGCAAAUGCCGGUGUCAGCGAGGAGGCCUUAGAAGGGUCGAUCAAAGUUCUUGCGCGGAUUGCCAGUUUCCUGGACAUGGAACAGCAUCUAUCUCUGAAGACCGAUGAUGCAGCACUCCCUUCGGUGAUGUUUGACUCGGAGCAGAUCUCGUCAACCUCGAGAGUUUCGCUCAUGCAGAAUGCACUUUUGACAACUUCGAACCCGCUCACUCGCCCUUCCGCCUCCUCAAUCUCGUUCCUUAGCGCCGUUUGCGUCUCCCUUCAAGUGUUGAAUGAGUUAGGCCAUCCGAUGCCAUGUCGGACGGUCGCAAACAUUUGUCUACACAGCAAUGUGGACACGCAAUUGCUCGAAAUGCGCAGUGUAGUUCAAUCUGUGGUCAAACAGAGCAAGCCGGGCCGAGACUGGAGCAAGGUCCGCCAGCAACUACUCUGGCUGCGCGAUUGGGAGGCAGAACACACGCCCCGGCGGGCUACAAGCCACCCUGGAUAUCAUGGUAUCUUUUGGAGAGUCGACCGGGAGGUUGUGGAAGCGGAGGUUUUAAAAGCGUUGCUUGAAGUCAGAGAAUACAACCUCGCUGUUAAUACCUAUCUCAGCUCCGACGCCACUCUGACACCGUCGAAGGUUGAAGAGGCUGUCAAGGAGACCAUCUAUACAGCGUACGAUAACGCAAGCAACGGCAAUCGAACGCGGGGCGGAAUGAAGAGAGCAUACGAGAUUCUUCAAGCCUUCCAGCCGCACUUUUCAGAUUCACUUGCCCUCAAGCAGAUCAACGCCCUCAUCUCAGCCACCCACUCGCUGUCCUUCUACUCCCUCACCCUGCAGCACGGCGUCCCCUUCCAACCCGUCAGCAUCCGUGUACACUCCGACCCUCUCUCUCUCAUUGAGAAAGUACUCGAACAGAAUCCCAAGAGCUACACGAAAGUCGACGAUCUUCUGGCUAUAGGCCGCAACCUCGUCGCGGCCGGCUUCUCCCCCCGGCUCUCCGACCACCAUGAACAUUCCAGCUCAGCCCCUCUCUCCGGACAGGACGCCGCCCUCACAGCCGAACGCCGCAUCAUGUCCUUAGCGAUCAACUCCGCUCUCACCUCUCACGACUUCGCAACAGCCUACUCCUACAUCCUCACGCGGCUCACACCCACUUCGUCCCCCUCUACAUCCGAGACGACCCUCACAGACGACAUCACCUGGCGCACGGUCUAUGCCGCCGGACGGUAUCGCGCACCCCCACCCGCCACCUCCACCCCGCCCACCACGCAAUCCCAAAUCACCCACCUCACCCAAAGAAUGGAGCUCCUCUCCCUGGCCCUCAUUCUCGUCCCCUCCGAUCACCCGGACCCGCUCCCUGAAAUCCUAGGCGCCUGGCGCCGCUGCGACGAGGAACUCAGCAGCCUCCGCACGCAGGAAUCCCUCGAAGAAGACAUCUGGGACACCAAAGGCGACCUCACCUCGUCGCUGACCAUGCACACUCUCCCCGGCGGCUUCGGACCUCCCGACCACUCAGAGCAAGACGCCCUGGAAACCCGACAGCACCAGGCCCGCCGCGCCCGCGCGCACGCCUCGCACCACCACCGCCUCAACCACGAAGAAGCCCCAAUGGGUCUCUUCGAGGUCGCGCGCGGCGCCGCCCUAGCCCUGCAGAAGAACGCCUUCCCCCUUCGAUCAGCAUCAUCAGCCAGCAAGACCGCCUCCGCAACCUCCUCCUUCUCUAAACUCCACCCCACCAAUGAAUUCACACCUUCCUCCACAGCAGCAGCAGCAGCAGCGAACUCCUCCCACACGCGCACCGACUCCGUCAUCUCCUCCGAGAACUACGAGCCUGGCUCCGGCUCCGGCGACCGCGUCCGCAAGCGCGACGUCGUCAGCAACAUGGUGACGGACGGGUUGGUCAGCGGGCUGGGCUGGGUUCUCGGCGCGCAGCCUGUGAAUCGGGGCUAAUCAUCGCCCGAGCUGUCUUUUGCAUAUUGACAUGUUGACAUGAUGGCGGGCGGGUGUGGGGGUGUGUGUUUGUGUGUGUGCUGGUGAUAGGACGAAUGGAGUCCGG